AUGGCCGAAAGUUGCCAGGUCCAAAAAGCUCUUGCUCUACACUCCUCUCAACUCUCCCUCUCAUCACCCCAAUCGGUGACCAUCGUCUUUGAAGACGCUGAGGGUCUUUCUCUUCUCCAGCACCGUGGCCAGGACGCAGCUGGUAUCGUCACCUGCGGUUCUGGUGGUCGCUUCUACCAGGUCAAGGCCAACGGCAUGGUCCGUGAUGUCUUUGACUCGCAGGCCGUCGCUGGCCUCAAGGGUUACAUGGGUGUCGGUCACGUCCGUUACCCCACCGCUGGUUCCAGCGCGCACGCCGAGGCGCAGCCGUUCUACGUCAACUCGCCCUACGGUAUCACCUUUGCUCACAACGGCAACCUCAUCAACACGCCCGAGCUGCGCCAGUUCCUGGACGCCGACGCGCACCGCCACAUCAACACGGACUCGGACUCUGAGCUGCUCCUCAACAUCCUCGCGAACAACCUCCAGAAGACCGGCAAGUUCCGUAUCAAUGAGGAGGACAUUUUCACCGCCAUUGGCGACCUCAUGGCGCAGUGCAAGGGUGCCUACGCUUGUGUCGGCAUGCUCGCCGGUUUCGGUCUGAUCGCUUUCCGCGACCCCAACGGCAUUCGUCCCGCUGGUUUCGCGACCCGCGACGGUGCCCGCGGUGGAACCGACUACCUUGUUGCCUCCGAGUCCAUCGUUGCCCAGGGUAUCAACUUCGACUACGACCGCUGGGAGGACAUCAAGGCCGGCGAGGCCAUCAUUAUCACUCGCGACGGCGGCAUGACCCGAAGGAUCGUUGGUGCCCCCGCUCCCUUCGCCCCCGACAUCUUCGAGUACGUUUACUUUGCCCGUCCCGACUCGACGAUCGACGGCAUCUCGGUCUACCGUGCUCGUAUGGCCAUGGGAGAGUACCUCGCCGAGGAGGCCAAGCGCGCCCUCGACAAGGCCAACAUCAAGGUCGACGUCGUCAUUCCCGUUCCGGACACGUCGCGUGUCGCCGCGCUGCAGCUCGCGCAGCACCUUGGCAUCCCCUACCGUGAGGGUUUCGUCAAGAACCGUUACGUCGGCCGCACCUUCAUCAUGCCCGGCCAGUCGCAGCGCCGUAAGAACGUGCGCAGGAAGCUGAACGCGAUGCCGAUGGAAUUUGCGGACAAGACUGUCCUGCUCGUCGACGACUCGAUCGUUCGUGGUACGACGUCCAAGGAGAUCGUCCAGAUGGCCAAGGACGUCGGUGCCAAGAAGGUCAUCUUCGCUUCGUGCGCGCCCCCUAUCCGCUACUCGAACGUCUACGGUAUCGACAUGCCGUCGCCCCAGGAGCUCGUCGCUUACGGCCGCACGCCCGAGGAGGUUGCGCAGACGAUUGGUGCCGACCUCGUCAUUUACCAGACGCUUCCGGAUCUCGUCGAGUCCUGCGCCAAGUUCAACCCGGACAUCAAGCAGUUCGACUGCUCCGUCUUCACGGGCGAGUACGUCACGGGCGGCGUUGACGAGAAGUACCUCGAGCACAUUGAGCGCCUGCGCAACGACAAGGCCAAGGCGAAGAAGAACUCGCAGGCUGGCAUCAACAUUGCCCUCGCUGACGACGACCGUCCCCCCGCCAACGGCUGCAACGGCCCCAUGAACGGAAGCGAUUCGCUCAUCGGCCUCUCGAACCACUCCCCCAAGCUCGGGCCCCAGAACAUGCCCUCGCCCAAGAACGACAUUGUCGGCCUCCACAACAACAAGUUCGGCCACUAA